GUUGACUGACUCAAUAUGGAAAACAAAGAGCCUAUCGUCGAAGACCGCAAAUGUUUGUCAUUAUCAGAAAUCUCUUCCGAUCAAGAUAUUAACGGAUACGACGAUGCUACUGAAGUCUCGUCGAAUCCGGUAAAGAAGGAUGCCUUACAAAAUGCCACCAUAAGAGGAAGGCUUCCAUAUGCUCGCUUCGUCACAGCUCUGAUUAAAGUCGGAUUACUUUUCUUCUUGCGCCUUUUACGCUUUUCUUGGAGACACAAAUUUCUUACCAUUAUUAUUGGACUAGCUUCGUUAGCAGGAUACGGGCAAUUCAAAGUGAAAGAAAUACGAAAGGAAAACCGCAUUAUACAUUCCAACAGUGUGCUCCAUCUGAAAUGGUCGGAUAUAUCAUCCAGUGAGUAUACCGAGAACAAUGUCGAUAGUAAUCUUCUCCCUUUUUUAUGGCUUAUACCUGGUAGCGGCUUCAAUUUUGGAAGGCAACGGCCACUUACCGCUAAGAUGGUUGCACAGACUAUUUAUACUGCGGCAGAUGAUCCCAGAAUAAUUGGCUUGACGUGUGAUUUUACUUCAUUAGCCGAGGAUAACCUUCAGCUAGGGCCACUGUCAUUCAAACGAGGCUUGAAUAUGGCCGUACUACAAGAAGUUGUGCAAGCUGUCACAACAUUCAAGGAAAAAAAGCCGCCGAACACUACUGUCAUUGCAUACGCAAAUACCAUGUGUCAGAGUUGUUAUUAUGUAGCAGCUGCUUUCAAAGAGGUCUACAUUCAGCGUCAUGGUGAAAUUUCUCUGGUAGGAAAAACUUUUCACAAGUUUUAUUACAAGAAAUUCUUGGACAACUGGAAUGUUUCUUCGCUGGUUUACAAAGGCGGAGAAAUGAAGUCUCUAUACGAUUCAUAUAUCUCCAAUGAAAUGGAUAACAAGACAAGAGAAUCGCAAGUACAGCUUCUCAAUAACCUGGAUCAGCAGUAUUGGCAUGAUAUCAUAACAUCACGAGAAUCAACAUUCUUGGAACUUGAAAACAAGCAAAAGAAGUGCCUUGCAUUAGGUUCAAACCCUUUAGAAUCAAAAGCAUGCCCUGAUGCAUCUCCUACGUUUGGAUUAUCAAAACGUAUCAAAAAAGCGGCAAAACCAGGAAUUAUAUUUGCCGACGAAGCAUUGGAAUUACGUAUGAUUGACGGCCACCGUUACGGUCGACAAUUGGAUGUUGAUAUGAAGCUCGUCGGGGAAAAAUUAAGCCUUGCUAAUUACCGCAAUCGUUUACAGAAAGCGGAUGAAAAUGCAGCCACUUCACAACCGGCAACUAAAAAGCCAUCACGAAAAUCAAUUCAAGAACUCAAGAUUUUACAUCAAGUAAAGCCGACAACAAGUCUAAUGGCAUCAAACAAACCUUCAAUACGCAUCGCUGAAGUGGAUGUAUAUAAUGGUAUUAUAGCAAAUGAAAAUUUAUAUAACAUCGUAGCAGAGCUACAAUGUUUCGCUGAGGAUACAUCAAUUCAAGCAAUAAUACUGAGGGUGGAUUCGCCAGGCGGCACUUUCAUUGCUUCGGACACACUGGCGGAGGCCAUUGACUACGCAAAAUCGAAAAAGCCAAUUAUCGCUAGUAUAGGAGGUAUGGCUGCAAGUGGAGGAUAUUAUGUUGCAGCAAAUGCAUCCCUCAUCAUCGCAAACCGCGCUAGUCUUGUUGGUAGUAUCGGCGUAAUAUCAAUGGCUUUGGAUCUUUCGUCUUUGUUGCAAAGAUUUGGCAUAACCUUUGAAUCAUUGACCACCGGUGUACCUACAACUAUAUUUGAACCGCAAACAGAUCUUCAAGUUAUAGUGAACGAAGCGAGAACCAAGCAUCUGUACCACAAAUUUGUUGAACGUGUCAGUGAAUCAAGAAAUAUCUCUAUUGACAUUGUCAAAGAAUAUUUAGCUGAAGGCAAAAUGUUCACUGGCGAGCAAGCGUAUUACAAUGGACUUGUAGAUGAAAUAGGCGGGUUCCAGUAUGCAAAGGAAGCGGCUUGCAAUAUUGCUACUAAAAAAGACAAUAACAAACCAAAUGAAACUAAUUGUGAAAUUGUCGACAAAAAAUGCGUUCUACCUACAAAAAAUGCGUUCAACUUACCGUUUUCAAUUUGAGCAUUAACUAUCUCGCUAUAGUACGUUUGCUAUCGCUAGGAAAUAAACCAAAGAGCUUAUGCCAUAUC